AUGUCAGGGGCACAAGGAGCACAACCAAAGGAGUCAAAGAUAGCAACAACAUAUGAGUCAACAGAAGGAGGAGAGAACCGCACCAGGACUGACUUGCGUUCAAGGGAGGAUCAAGGCUGCAUUCAGGUCGAAAAACUGCAGGAGAAGGUCAGUGAUCCUGCUGGCAAAGGUGGUCCUGUCUUUGGAGCUGGAAAAGAUGAAGACAAGAAAGACCUUGGAGUGCAGGAAGAUAGGAAAGUGGGGGAAGAGAGUGGUGGUGUAGUUGUUGCACAGGGUGGGAGUGAUCUGCAGAUACUUUUUAGGAGGUUCUGGAAGGUGGCAGCUCCUUACUGGACUUCAGAUGACAAGGUGCAAGCAAGGUUGCAGCUUGCUGUUGUUUUUGCUCUUACUUUGGUUACCACUGGAAUCAUUGUUGGCUUUAAUAUAUUGGGGAGAGACUUCUUCAAUGCACUUGCCAAUAAGGAUCAAGAGCAAUUCACGAAGCAACUACUUUACUACUUGGGUGCCUUUGCUGGAGGAAUCCCGUGUCUUAGUUGGAAAGAAACAAGAUUGAAAAUGAGAACUAACUCACAUGUAUUGCUUAGAUGUGGAUUUUUUUUUGUAUUGAGAGAUUAUGCAAAGGAAACACUUUCCUUGAGAUGGAGGUCCUGGAUGACGAGUUAUUACAUGGAUCGCUAUCUGAAGAAUCAAACAUUCUAUAAAAUUCAGUCACAGUCAAUUAUUGAUAAUCCAGACCAGCGAAUUGUUGAUGAUCUAAGUUCUUUCACUAGGACAUCCCUCACUUUUUCCCUAACACUCUUUAAUGCUGCUGUAGACUUAAUCUCAUUCAGUAAGAUAUUGUAUGGAAUCUAUCCUCCACUUUUAGUUGUUCUUCUCGUAUACUCUAUUGGUGGGACAGCUAUCAGUGUUUUCCUUGGAAGGGGACUGGUAAAUUUAAAUUUCUUGCAAGAGAAAAAGGAAGCAGACUUUCGUUAUGGACUUGUACGUGUACGAGAAAAUGCUGAAUCAAUUGCUUUCUAUAGUGGUGAAGAAAGGGAAAUGCAACUUCUUCUACAGCGCUUCAAAAGCGCUUUUGAAAAUCUGACUCAAUCGCUGAUUGUUUCUAGAAACCUGGAGUUCUUCACCAGUGGAUACCGCUAUUUCAUUCAAGUUCUUCCUGCUGCUGUUGUUGCCCCAAUGUAUUUCUCAGGAAAAAUUGAGUUUGGUGUCAUCAAUCAGUCACUUUCUGCUUUUAAUCAUAUCCUGGGCGACUUUUCCCUUGUUGUAUACCAGUUUCAAUCUAUAAGUGUUUUUUCUGCUGUUAUUAAUCGGUUAGGUGAAUUUGAUGACGUUUUGGACAAAAGCAGCUCUAAUUCUCUAACGGAUACUUUGGAGGACAUACAAAUUACAUAUAAAGAUUCUAGGAGUUCAUCUCCAUUGGAAUCUAAUGGAUCGACUCCACUAGAAAAAUAUGCAACAUUUCUAGAGAUUGAAGAUUUGAUUCUGAAGACACCAAGUGGAUCUACACUUGUUAGAGACUUGUCAUUGAUGAUCAAGGAAAAGGAUAAUUUACUGGUAAUAGGACCAAGUGGAAGUGGCAAGACUUCUCUUUUAAGGGCUUUGGCUGGUCUAUGGAAAACUGGAACUGGAAAGAUCAUAUACUAUGUAAAAGGUGGAGAAAAUCCUGAACAAUUCAUUCGUUCAGAUGCGAAUAUUCCAAAUAAUGGUCAUGACACAUAUGAAGCAGAUGAAAACCCUGUAAGCAGAAAAUCUGGAAUUUUUUUCCUUCCACAAAGACCAUAUAUGGUUUUGGGUACACUUCGUCAACAGUUACUUUAUCCUACUUGGGCCGAUGAUGUAGUUCCUAUCUCGUCUGAUAAUACAAAACAAACCAAUGUGCUUCCUUUCUUGACAAACUUGCCAAAAUCGGACAACACAAAUGAUAAGCCUAUGAAGCCAACUACAGAUGAACUGAUAAAGGUCUUAGAGGAUGUACGCCUUGGAUAUUUAUUAGGGCGUUUCAGUUUAGAUUCAACCCGUGAAUGGUCUAGUGUCCUUUCUUUGGGAGAACAGCAACGCCUUGCAUUUGCUCGUCUCUUGCUUUCAAAGCCUCAAUUGGCAUUACUGGAUGAAGCUACUAGUGCACUUGAUGAAGCCAAUGAGGUUCAUUUGUAUCAAAAGAUUGCAGCAGCAAACAUGACAUACGUCAGUGUUGGCCACCGGUCAUCCUUGUAUGAUUACCACAACAGGAUCUUACGGAUAUCCACCUAUGAUUCCAACAAUGAACCACUAAAUUGGUGCAUUGGACCCACAAGGCUUGAGUCCUAUUUAAAAUUUAGAAAUCUAUGA